AUGGAGGGCGCCGAGGUCGGGGCGCGGGCCACCUUCGGGCCCUGGGACUACGGCGUGUUCGCGGCUAUGCUGCUGGUGUCCACGGGCAUCGGGCUGUGGGUCGGCCUGGCCCGCGGCGGCCAGCGCAGCGCCGACGACUUCUUCACCGGGGGCCGGCAGCUGGCGGCCGUGCCCGUGGGGCUGUCGCUGGCCGCCAGCUUCAUGUCGGCCGUGCAGGUGCUCGGGGUCCCCGCCGAGGCGGCGCGCUACGGCCUCAAGUUCCUGUGGAUGUGCGCCGGCCAGCUGCUCAACUCGCUGCUCACCGCCCUGCUCUUCCUGCCCGUUUUCUACCGCCUGGGCCUCACCAGCACCUACCAGUACCUAGAGCUUCGCUUCAGCCGAGCAGUGCGGCUCUGCGGGACGCUGCAGUACCUGGUGGCCACGAUGCUGUACACAGGCAUCGUGAUCUACGCGCCCGCGCUCAUCCUGAACCAAGUGACCGGGUUGGACAUCUGGGCGUCGCUCCUGUCCACGGGAGUAAUCUGCACCUUGUACACGACCGUGGGCGGUAUGAAGGCCGUGGUCUGGACAGACGUGUUCCAGGUGGUGGUGAUGCUCAGCGGCUUCUGGGUGAUCCUGGCCCGAGGCGCCAUGCUCAUGGGGGGCCCCGGGAACGUGCUCCGUCUCGCCCAGAACCAUUCCCGGAUCAACCUGAUGGACUUUGACCCUGAUCCCCGGAGCCGCUACACCUUCUGGACGUUCGUAGUGGGCGGCACGCUGGUGUGGCUCUCCAUGUACGGCGUGAACCAGGCCCAGGUGCAGCGCUACGUGGCUUGCCGCUCCGAGGGCAAGGCCAAGCUGGCCCUGCUCGUCAACCAGCUGGGCCUCUUCCUGAUCGUGGUCAGCGCGGCCUGCUGUGGCAUCGUCAUGUUCGUCUUCUACAAAGACUGCGACCCGCUCCUCGGGGGACGCAUCUCGGCGCCAGACCAGUACAUGCCACUGCUCGUGUUGGACAUUUUUGAGGACCUGCCCGGAGUCCCCGGGCUCUUCCUGGCCUGUGCCUACAGUGGCACCCUCAGCACGGCAUCCACCAGUAUCAACGCCAUGGCGGCCGUCACUGUGGAAGACCUCAUCAAGCCGCGGAUGCCUAGCCUGGCCCCUCGGAAGCUCGUCCUCAUCUCUAAAGGGCUCUCCCUCAUCUACGGCUCGGCUUGCCUCACGGUGGCCGCUCUGUCCUCGCUGCUGGGAGGCGGAGUCCUCCAGGGCUCCUUCACAGUGAUGGGCGUCAUCAGUGGGCCUCUGCUAGGCGCCUUCACGCUGGGGAUGGUGCUCCCAGCCUGCAACACGCCGGGCGUCCUGUCCGGGCUGGCUGCAGGCUUGGCUGUAUCCCUGUGGGUGGCCGUGGGGGCCACACUGUAUCCACCCGGGGAGCAAAUCAUGGGGGUGCUGCCCACCUCGGCCGCCGGCUGCACCAACGCCUCAGUCCUCAUGGGCCCACUCGGGGCUGCCAACGCCUCCGGCAGGGUCCCCAGCCCUGGAGUGGACGCAGGCCGCCCUGCCCUGGCGGACACCUUCUAUGCGGUCUCUUAUCUCUACUACGGGGCUCUGGGCACGCUGACCACCGUGCUGUGUGGCGCCCUCAUCAGCUAUCUGACGGGCCCCACCAAGCGCAGCUCCCUGGGCCCCGGACUGCUGUGGUGGGACCUCGCCAGGCAGACGGCGUCCGUGGCCCCGAAGGAGGACGCCGCCACCCUGGAGGACAGCCUGGUGAAGGGUCCGGAAGACAUCCCCGCUGCGACCAAAAGGACGCCUGGCCUGCUGCCAGGCGACGAGGCCCACCCGCUGUCCCCGGGCCGCGAUCUCGAGACCAACCUCUGA